AAAUUGUUUCCUUAUAAAAGCAGUUUAUUCAGCACACUGAAGCAUCUCCUCCAUAGACAUCCAUUCAAAAAGAACGGCCUCUUGUCUCCUCGCCAGUGUACAGCUCAUAGUAUAGAAAACCUUGUAUGCUCCGUUAAAAGAAGAGCUCUGUUGUCACUGCCUUCACAGUACGUAUUUACAAAUUAGCGGACUUCCUGGGCAUCAAGCGUUAUCUGUCAAGCAACACUGUUGGAUGUAACAGCAUCACACUCUCGCUGGAGGUUAUCUGACGGGCACCUGUGAGUCAAGUAAGUUUUCCUGCACUUUGAUUACAUGAAUAUUGUGAUGUGUAUAUUUGAUGAUGGAUAUAUUAAAUGUGCUUGGUGCUCUAGAGAUGGAGAAACUAGAGACAUCAGAACUCCAGUCUAGACUGUCAUCCCUGUCCGUUUCUUCUUUCCCUGGUAUAACUUCAAAAAACUGUGAAGCAAAUCCUUUAAACAGACUUCAAAGCACAGACCUUUCCCGGACAGCGAUCCAACCAGACAACCAAACUGAAAUGGAUGGUAUCAACAAUGCCAAAGAAUUUCCACAAUCUACCGAGGAGCCCAGCAUAUCUCUUGGGAAGGCAGAGGCAGCUGACUCACAGGAGAGCACUACCAGUGAGGGGACCUCACCUCCUGGGGAGAAAAAAGCUCUUCCGCCAUUGAAACCUGCAUCUACCUGGACAUCCAUGGCCCUGAAAGAGCUAAAGGCUAAGAUGCGUCAAGAGAAGGACAGUGUUGUGACCGUCUACCGUGGAGAUAUAAUGACUGUCCACAUGCCUACUGUUCCUGAGGCCAAGCGUGUGUGUUGGGAGUUUGCUACAGAUGGUUAUGACAUUGGUUUUGGGGUCUACUUCGACUGGUCACCUGUCACCAGCAGAAACAUUACGGUCCACAUUAGUGAAUCUAGUGAUGAUGAGGAUGAAGAUGAUGAGCUGGAAGGCCCUGUUGUUCCUGGAGAUGUAGAGAAGGGCUCUAAAUCAGUAGCGAACUCGAACUUGGGAGAGAUCCUUCCUGUGUACCGUCAGGAUAGUCAUCUGGCAGUGCAGGGUGGCAGCCAUGAUUUUCCAGGAGACGGCACAUACUUGAUAAAGUUUGACAACUCUUAUUCGCUCUGGCGGAAUAAGACUCUGUAUUACAGAGUGUACUACAGUGCCUGAGGAAUCAAGUGCAUAUUUAAAAUGAAAGUUUUAGCGAUACUUGUGUAUUACAUUACUGUUUAUGUAUGAUUCUCGCUAUUGUUGAUUUGUGCUAUCAUUUUAUCUAAAGCCCUAUCAUAGAUCAAAAAGUUUGCUUAUAUGUACAAAAUGCUUUUAGUAGUAAGGGGAGCCCAAAGCUCAUGAUAUGUGUUAUGUUUUGUGGUUUGCGUGCAAAUAAGAUGUUAUGUUAAAAUAUUUUAAGGGUCCAUAUAUGUCUUAUAUUUGCAUUUGCAGAUACCACAACUGUGGCAUCGCAUAUCAGGGACUAGAGUAGUAAUCAGGGAAGGUUUAUGGGUAUUCGCCCUGGUCAAAUGCUUUUCAAACAUUACCAUCGAGAUCAAAUGCAAAUAAGAAAACGGUUUAUUCAGGGUGUGAGAAAUGAGAAAUUUUAAAGUCUCUCUCUCUCUCUCUAUACCGGUGUAUAUAUAUAUAUAUACAAUUUCUAUUAUCAUACUACAAAAACACUUGAAGCUACAACUACUGUAGUUAAGAUAUAUUAGAAACCUCAUAUUCACCUCCAUAUGUUUUUAUUGCAGUUGGAAGCUGUAGCAAGAUGGCUAUCAAAUCAAUCACCAGGGAUAUGGCAGUGGUCAUAUCCCGCUUGUUUAUAACUUAAAAGGAAACCAUUUCCUGCCACAAAAGGCAGCUAAUUUGUUACAUAACUGAUUCAAUAUUUACAUGUCCCGGGCUCUGAAGGGUCGUUUGGAGAAAUACAAGACUAACUAUAGCGGAGUUUCAUGAUUGUUUCAGUUUAUAUUGUGCAAUAUGCCACACUGAGUGCUAAGUGCAAGGGUUGUAGUGUAGUGUUUACUUUUAUUUCAAUACCCUGUUCUUGAUUGUAUUAAGACUACCAAAUCACACUGCAAACAUGCAACCUGGACACUUUCCUCCUCCUACCAGUGAAUUAUUUUUGUACCUUUAAUUAUUUGUAUGUCUUCAGAGACUGUUGUAUUGUGCUGCUUAGAUGUUUGAUACUGUGUAAAGGGAUUUAAGGGCAAGGAAGACACGGGAACUGGCUUGACAAUAGAAAUAAUAGUUUAAUGAAAAGCACACGACGGUCAGCUGACCGUAAACGAUCUCUCUCUGUGGCACCACCAGUCGGCCUUUAAACCUCUCGGAGGCUUAAUUAGCCCAAUAAUUAGGUGUAUAUAAUCACGACCCGCCCUCCGCCCUGUCACAUAGGCCUACUGCUAAUGUGCUUUUUUGUAUGAUAUGAAUUUGAUGUUUGUUUGUCAACUUUUUCUUGUUUUUCUUUUGCUGUUUGUUCACAAUAAACAUUGCUAAU